AUGAGCAGUCUUCAGUGGAAUUCUUCUCAUAAGAUCAUAAUCUUAACAUCCCUUUUUGUUGUUUCGCUUCCGGACGUGGUGGCCGGAGGGUGCACGUGCGAUGAUGAAUCCGAGCACCGGAAUAAAACCGAGGCCCUCAAGUACAAACUGAGUGCCAUAGCUGCUGUUCUUGUUUCUGGCGGUAUCGGUGUGAGUCUCCCGCUUCUUGGCGGAAAAAUUGAAGCUCUACGCCCCGAGAAUGACAUAUUCUUCAUGAUCAAAGCAUUUGCCGCAGGAGUGAUUUUAGCAACCGGGUUCAUUCACAUCCUUCCUGAAGCAUUCGAGACAUUGACAUCUCCUUGCCUUAGCCAGAGUCCAUGGGGAAAAUUUCCCUUCGCAGGAUUCGUCGCGAUGGUGGCUUCAAUUGGGACACUCAUGGUGGACACAAUUGCAACAAGUUUCUACAAGAAGAUGCACUUCAACAAGAUUAAACAGGUGAACGUGGAUGAAGAGGCUAGCGAUGAACACGCUGGACAUGUUCAUGUACACACUCACGCCACACACGGUCAUGCUCAUGGAGCCGCAAUCCCUGAUAAUGAAACUGGGUUCCUUGAUCUUGUCCGGCAGCGCAUAAUAUCACAAGUUUUGGAAUUGGGAAUUGUGGUGCACUCAGUGGUAAUUGGAAUUUCAUUGGGGGCUUCAGAUAGCCCUGACACAGUAAAGACUCUAUUGGCAGCUCUAUCAUGCCAUCAGUUCUUUGAAGGUAUGGGACUUGGUGGUUGCAUCUCUCAGGCCAAAUUCAAGUCCCUAACGAAGACAGUUAUGACACUCUUUUUCUCCUUCACCACCCCAGUUGGGAUCGCGAUUGGAAUCGGGAUAUCAAAUGUGUACAAGGAAAAUAGCCCUACUGCUCUUAUUGUUGAAGGGAUCUUGAAUUCCGCGUCAUCCGGGAUACUGAUAUAUAUGUCACUUGUUGAUCUAUUAGCAGCAGAUUUUAUGAAUCCUAGGAUGCAGAACAACAUUAGACUGCAGCUGGGAGCACAUGUUUCACUUCUACUAGGCGCUGGAUGUAUGUCUUUUCUGGCCAAAUGGGCAUAA